AUCAGUCUCCAUCGAGCAGCGAUCACGGAAGCAUGGCGAGUUCAGAGCGCAGUUCGAGGCUUCUUAUCGGCAUUACUGCCUGGUCCCUGGCUCUCGGUCUUAUCUGCCUGACUUUGGCAGACUCAGUUCCAGACCGUAACCAGACCACCACCAUCGCGACAAACACAGUUCAGGCGGUGGAAAGACUCUUCAAUCGCGUUCUCAUCUCCACCACAGAGGAUGCCCGCCAAAGAAUUCCCCACCUUCCAGCCAACGAAACCAUCGAUAGGCAAUACUUCGAGGAACUGGACCUGAUUGCCGGAAACGAAGAUUACUACAGCACUGCGUACUAUAUCUUUGCCUGGAUUAACAGCGAUCUGAUGUAUAAUAAAACCCCUGAUAAACUGCUCGUCGAAGUUCUGCCAGGCGAGAAAAUCGCAAUCCGGAACUUUUUCGACAAGGUCAAGCCGUUUCUUACCAAAUAUCUGCGAACCAGUCGACAGGACAGGACGGAAUUGGUUGCCAAUAUUACCCGAUUGGCCACCGAAACCGAUGACAGUCUGAUCAUGUCCUAUCUGGAAUUUCCCCAAACCCUCAAGGGGCAACUUCCUGAGCUCCACUUAAUGGACUAUACCAAACUUGCCCAGGCUCUAGUACAGGGCGUGGCCAGGGGUAUUUGGACGAGUUUAUAGUUAAUAUCUUUAAACUAUAAAAUAUAUAAGUACACAACUCAAUGUAAUAAAGACAAGUUUUAAAAAAA